AUGCCUGAUGCACCGAAACCCGCUCCCAAGAAGGGCGCCAAGAAAGCUCUGUCCAAACCGGCGAGCAAGACUGGCAAGAAGCGCAAGAGGUCGAGGAAGGAGACUUACGCCAUCUACAUCUACAAAGCCAUGAGCAUCAUGAAUUCAUUCGUGAACGAUAUCUUCGAGCGCAUCGCGGGUGAGGCUUCCCGCCUGGCUCACUACAACAAGCGGUCCACCAUCAGCUCCUGGGAGAUCCAGACCGCCGUGCGCCGGCUGCUGCUCGGGGAGCUGGCCAAGCACGCCGUGUCCGAAGGGACAAAGGCGGUGACCAAGUACACCAGCUCCAAGUGA